AUGAAGAGACAGGAGUAUCAGGAGGUCUUUGGCAAGCAUCUGGUGCCGUAUUGGGAACCAGGCUACACGCAAAUGCAGGACAAUGACCGCAUCCACCUUAGCUGGUCGACAAAGCAGUUCCUUGAAAGGCAAAGAAUUGCUACCCUGGACUUGGCUGCAUGCUCCUUUGAUUUGAAUCUGAUAGAUAACGUGUGGGGCUUUCUGGUUCGUGAAUUACACUGCAACAGCAAGCAGUAUAUUGCAGUAACCGAGCUCAAAGAGGCUCUUUUCCGAUUGUGGAGCAAUAUUAGCCAUAAGAGGUUAAAAAAGCUAGCCCAGAGUAUUCCCGGCUAUCUAAAUGACGUUAUUGAAGCCUCAGGAAACGUAGCUAAACAUUAG